AUGGAAAAUUGGGAGGAGUCGCAUGAAUCCCUCAGAGCUGAUGUCAGCCAGUUGAAAGACCAGAUCGGCCAGAUCUUGGCAGCUCUCGAAUCCUUGAAGACUACUGGAGAGUCUUCGUCUGCACAGAUUGAGGGGAGUGCUCACUUUAUUCCCCCGAUGUUCAACGUUGUGGGCCAAUCGGUUCCCUUCCCACUGUAUGGAUUUCCCCCGGGUUACACUCCUCCCAUAAGAGAGUACUCGGGAGCAGAACAAGCUGCAUUCUUAUUUCCCACCACUGUCAACGUACCGCCAAUCGGCACUCAGGGACCUGUCUUAGUGUCAACUCCCAUGGCGAGUAUAGCAAUGAAUGAUACGACCACAGUUGAAGGAACGCGUGUAACUGUAUUGCCACACGUGGUUACUGGAAAUGACCCUUCAGCCAAGGCCACACCAAACACCGCGUUGCAUGGGGUAAUUAGUAACGUCGAUGAAGCUACGGGUAGGCUGGAGAGUCUGGAGGCGAGACUAAUGGCUGUUGAGGGAGUUGAAAGCUAUGGGUUUGGAGAUGUAGCAAGACUAAGUUUGGUUCCUGGUGUGAAAAUACCACACAAGUUUAAAGCACCGGAAUUUGAAAAGUAUAAUGGUAGUUCAUGCCCAAAAAGCCAUCCGACCAUGUAUUGCAAAAAGAUGGCUGCGUAUGCUUAUGAUAGCCAGCUACUCAUCCAUGUUUUCCAAGACAGUUUGGCUGGGGUAGCGUUGAAUUGGUACACCCAUUUAGAGCCAUCUCGAAUUCGUUGCUGGGCGGAUCUGGCUGAUGCCUUUGUGAAGCAGUACGUAUACAACACGCAUGUCGCACCAGACCGUUUGCAACUGCAAAAUAUGACAAAGAAGGACAACGAAACCUUCAAGGAAUAUGCCCAGCGGUGGAGAGAGUUAGCUGCGCAAGUCGAGCCACCUUUGUAUGACAUGGAGAUGGUAGCAAUGUUUGUGAACACGCUCCAUCCACCAUUUUAUGAACGCAUGGUCGGGAAUGUGUCCGUCAAUUUCGUUGAUAUCAUCAUAAUAGGCGAAAGGAUCGAAGUCGGGUUGAAGAAUGGGAAAAUUGCACAUGGCCUGUCCGCAGCUGCAAACUACGAAAAAUCCAAUUUCAAUCCGGGAAAGAAGAAGGAAGGGGAUGUGUAUGCAGCUUCGGAAAUGCCUAUGGGGAGAGGUCAAGCUCCCACUCCUGGUCAUCAACCAUACUUAAGCCAACCUUCCUAUGCUGCUAAUGCCUCGUUUGCUCACCAAACUAGGCCACGACAACAACAAGGGUAUUAUCCACCGCAUCGCAUCCCAACCGAAGCUUGGAAGGCUGGGGCAAAUGCGAGCCCAAAUCUGAAUGUGGGUCAAAACAACCUCCCAAGGAGGAAUCAGUUUGUUAACUUCACCCCAAUCCCUAUGACAUACGCGGAGUUGCUACCUAACCUGAUCGAAAAGGUCCUGGUCGACAUUUGCUCGAUGAAGCCUGUACAACCACCAUACCCUAGGAGUUAUGAUGCAAAUGCCAAGUGUAGUUACCAUGGGGAAGGCGUGGGUCACUCAAUCGAGAAGUUCGUGUCUUUUAAAUAUAAAGUACAAGAUCUAAUCGACUCCGGGUGGCUAAAGUUUCAAGAAGAUAAGCCUAAUACUGAGGCCAAUCCGUUGUCCGGACAUGGGAGUGCUUCGAUGAAUGUUGUCGAGAUAGAAGAGCAUGAACUGGUAAGGGAUGUGAGCAAAAUUCGGAGUUCUAAGAGGUUUAUUUUCGAGGCGCUGUUGAAAGUGGGUUUUUUGAAAGACGAUUAUGAUAUGGGUUUGGCAUGCACGCUCCAUCCAACUGCUGGGCACUCUAUUGAGGAGUGUGUUGAAUUUGAAGAGUUUCUGCAAGGCCUACUGGACAAAAAUUUGAUGCAAGUACGCUACGAUGACGAGAAAGAACUGAUUGAAGAAAGAAAAGAGUGCAGUCUGGCUCGUGUGGAAGGACAAGAACCCAAAGCGGGAAAGAUUCAUGUUUCUAACGUCAAGAAGAGCUUUCACAAUGCUGGAUGGAUCAACACUGACCAAGCAGCCGCCGUGGAGGAUGAAGAUGGACCUGAAGGCUCAAGUUUCGUGUGGGCCUGCUCCCCGGACGCACAACUCAACAAUUGA